AUGGAGCUCGCAUUAGGUCCAGUGGUGCGUUUGCGCACCCGAGCCUCGUACGCAGUCCUUAAUAGCGUUCAUAGCCUUAGUUGCAAGGUAACUUUAACUCGUGAAGCUGUAGAGGAACUUAAUUUUUGGAGAGAUAAUUUCUUUCGUUUGUGCGGCAAACCAAUCUGGAGGCCCUCUCCGAAGAUAGAGCUUUUGUCUUAUUCUGAUGCCAGCAAUGUGGGUUGGGCGGGAUUUGUUGUUCAAUUUGGUACCCUCAUCGCUAGAGGGAACUGGUUGGGUUCCGAGACCCUUUGCAGCUCUUCUUUCCGCGAGAUUCGUGCCGUUAGAUUUGUUCUUCAGUCGUUUUCCGGUCUUUUGGCGGGUAAGGAGUCGAGAAUAGAUCUGACAAUCAGAGCGUCUGCAGUAUUUUUUCCGUCGGCAGUAGUAAGCCUCAUUUGCAAAAAGAAGCGUUUGCCAUUUACAAUUUGUGCCAUGAAGCAGGUAUUCGGUUUUCUGCGGAGUGGAUACCUCGCCACUUUAAUUUCAAAGCUGAUUAUUGGUCGAAAGUUGUGGACACCGAUGAUUGGAUGCUCAACCCUGUCCAUUUUCGCCAGUUGGAUAUUCUGUGGGGACCCCACUCCGUAGAUCGUAGAUCGUUUGCGAGUCAUCAUUCUUUCCUCGAUGGUGUGUCCUGGGACCGAAACUGUUGAUGCUUUUACCGUCAGCUGGGGAGGGGAAAACAAUUGGUCGGUCCCCCCAGUGUUCCUUAUUUGCAGGGUUAUCAAUCACAUGAAACUGGGUAGAGAGCAGGGCACUCUCAUUAUCCCCUUUUGGCAAUCUGCUCAUUGGUGGCCGUUGGUGUCUCGAAGCCCCGGGGUUUUCCACCCUUUUGUUCUUGACUGGCGGGAGAUUCCUUUACAUGAGUCUACUUUUCUCCCUGGUUCCGCAGCCGGGGAUUUUUUUGGGCAUGGUAUUCCCUCGUGUAGGGUAUUUGCUUUGAGAAUUGUAUUUCCUUAGUUUUGCUGUAG